UGAGGGAUCUGAGCGUUUGCGUUUCGACUCCAUGACCCGUGGAUUCAGUGAAGUUCACCGUCUCUCCUCAGUUUCCUCUGUGACCCAGCCCACAUACGUACUCACCACAGAGUGGGCAUGGUUCUGGGAGGACGAGUACGGCCAAUGGGUCCAGUACGCAUCCAUCGUAAGUAGUGUGAAACACUCAAACAGGCUGAUGAGUUACAAGGACCAACAAAUUUGGUGUUGGAGAGAGUAAACUGUUAUUUUUUUCUAUAAAUCACAGAAAGAGAUGCACAGAUUAUCAUCCAUCACCAGUGAAGACCUUGAGAAAAGGUACCAGGAGGAUCAAAGUGCUGUGGUGAAGUUCACUGCAGGCCAGCAGUCUUAUGAGCUGAGUUUCAGAGGUAACACAUCUCAAACUCUUGAAAACAGCUCUCAUGUGCAACCUACUGUAAUAAUAAUAUAUUUUAGUUAUAAGCGCUUAGCACAAGUUACAGUUAGGGUCAAAAAGGCUACUCUUAUACACCCCUCCAAUUCCAUUACUAAAAUCAGCCGCAGGUAGCCUAGAUAUUAGCGAUGUGGAACAUUAGCUGUAAGGAUGCUGGUUCAAAUAGUUAUUCUUGUUAUUACAGAUUUGACGCAAAAAAACACAACAUAUGGCACUAUAAGGAUGGUCAGACGACGUCCUGUCUUUGUUUCAACUGUGGACGCACAAGCUGCCAGAAGCAGGUAAUAUAUGGAUGGGAAUGGACUGAGGAUGGGUACUAUGUUCUGUAUCGAACCAUUUAUUUUAUUACAUCAUUUCUAUAUUUACCUAAUAGAUUACUUAUAAUCAUAACUAUUUAGGAUAGACAAUAAAAUGUGGUUUUGUAUCUCAAACAAUAGAGGGAUUUAUUUAGUUGAGUAUGACUUGCAUAUUUAACUUGAGAACUAAUAGAGCUUUUCAAUUGAGCUGCUUUUUUCUUGGUGUUGUAUAUGAAGGUUAUUUUUCAUAUGUCAUUUCAGGAGAAAUGGACCACGCAACCCCUCUCAGAAUUUCAGAGCUGUUCUGUGUAUGUAUUGAUAAGGAUGAAUUAAGAGGAUGGGCACCAUGUUCUGUAUUUAACCUAAUAAACACUCACAAUGACAUAAUCAGUACUUGGAUAAUAAGUGGAAAACGAAAUAUACAGUACCAGUCAAACGUUUGGACACACCUACUCAUUCAGGGGGUUUUCUUUAUUUUUUACUAUUUUCUACAUUGUAGAAUAAUAGUGAAGACAUCAAAACUAGGAAAUAACACAUAUGGAAUCAUGUAGGUAACCAAAAAAGUGUUAAACAAAUCAAAAUAUAUUUUAUAUCUGAGAUUCUUCAAAUAGCCACCCUUUGCCUUGAUGACGGCUUCGCACACUCUUGGCAUUCUCUCAACCAGCUUCAUGAGAGAAUGCAUUUCAAUUAACAGGUGUGCCUUCUUAAAAGUUAAAUUGUGGAAUUUAUUUCCUUCUUAAUCCGUUUGAGCCAAUCAGUUGUGUUGUGACAAGGUGGGGGGGGGGGGGGGGGUAUACAGAAGAUAGCCCUAUUUGGUAAAAGACUAAGUCCAUAUUAUGGCAAGAACAGCUCAAAUAAGCAAAGAGAAACGACAGCCCAUCAUUACUUUAAGACAUGAAGGUCAGUCAAUACGGAAAAUCGCAAAAACCAUUGAGCGCUAUGAUGAAACUGGCUCUCAUGAGGACCUCCACAGGAAUGGAAGACCCAGAGUUACGCUCAUUAGAGGAUAAGUUCAUUAGAGUUACCAGCCUCAGAAAUUGCAACCCAAAUAAAUGCUUCACAGAGUUCAAGUAACAGACACAUCUCAACAUCAACUGUUCAGAGGAGACUGUGUGAAUCAGGCCUUCACAAUCCCCCGACAUCAACCCAAUUGAGAUGGUUUGGGUUGAGUUGGACUGCAGAGUGAAGGAAAUGCAGCCAACAAGUGCUCAGCAUAUGUGGGAACUCCUUCAAGACUGCUGGAAAAGCAUUCCAGGUGAAGCUGGUUGAGAGAAUCCCAAGCGUGUGCAAAGCUGUCAUCAAGGCAAAGAGUGGCUAUUUGAAGAAUCUCAAAUAUAAAAUAUAUUUUUAAUUAACACUUUCUUGGUCACUACAUGAUUCCAUAUGUGUUAUUUCAUUGUUUUGAUGUCUUCACUAUUAUUCUACAAUGUAGAAAAGAGUAAAAAUUAAGAAAAACCCUUGAAUGAGUAGGUGUGUCCAAACUAUUGACUGGUACCGUAGCCUAGGUAUUCAAUUGAGCUACUUAUUUUCUAUGUGUUGUAUGUCAUGUUCUUUUUUAUAUUUAUCCUCAGGACAAAUGGACCAUUCAACCCCUCUCAGAAUUUCAGAGCUGUUCCUGGAUCUUGGGACAAGUCUGCCAUACCUGACAGGUCAAUUGUUUACAUGUGGUUAUACUGCUUAGGCUUACAGGAAGGUUACUGUUUAACAUUUUGUUUCAGCAGUGACAACCAUUUUGUUUUCCCCUCCUGCAGACAGUCACUCUUCUGAGUUCUGACAGGGACUAUCAGAAGGUCCAGAGACUUUUCAACAAGACCAUGAGGGGCUUCCAAAUCACCGUCUGCUAAAUGGCAUAUUAUUAUUAUUAUUAUUAUUACCAGCAUCGAGAAGGUCCAAAACAGGGACCUCUUGGAAGUCUUCCAGUGGUAUGUUAACAUCAACUCUCACACACAAUCCUAGCAUGUUACUUCCAAAAUGCUAAGUAAACUCUGGCUCGAACAAGAUUAUGGGGAAGCAGCUAAUGUUUUUAUCCUGUUUUUUUAGGACAAGAGAUUUUAUGAAGAAAAACUAUGGAGGUAAAAACAGCAAGGAGCUACAUCUCUUCCAUGGUAACGGACCCAAAACACGUAGACGCCAUUUGCAGAGAGAACUUCGACUGGAGGCUGUGUGGAACCAACGGAACUGUGUAUGGCGACGGUAACCUCAUGUUAACCAAUUGCCAGAAGUGUAAUCAGAUUUUAGAAGCAGUCAUUAUCUCACUAUAGUCUGUCAUUUUGUUUUACUGAUGAUCUUCUCUGUUUGUUUUAGGGAGUUACUUUGCCAGGGAUGCCAAGUACUCACACAGCUACACCAGCCACUCAGGUGUGAGGUCCAUGUUUGUUUGUCGGGUGGUUGUUGGUGACUACACACGGGGUAAAUCCUACCUCCGUCGUCCCCCUCCAAAAGGCGAGGGAAACCCCACUUCCUAUGACAGCUGUAUGGACAAUGUCCUGGACCCGUCCAUAUAUGUGGUGUUUGAAAAGCAUCGGGUAUACCUGGAGUUCCUCAUCAGAUAUGAUGAUAUUGUCAUGCUCUGGUCCUCUUCGGCUCCAGCUUCACCCAAAAGUGUCUCUAUCCAAUCAUCUUCCAUUGUCCAAUACCCAACAUCCAACCGGAUUCAAGCAGCAGCUGCUGCUACGCUGUCAAACUCUCGAGUUCCAUUGACUUCCACUUUGAGUCCAUCUCAAGCUGCCACCACUACCUCUAAUCCAACCGAUUCUCUUCCCCGUUCACGUCUCCCAAAACCUGCC